UGGAGCCCAGUUUGCACCGCAGGAUCCAGAGAUGGCAUCAGUGAAGCUGGAGGACUGCAGUCAAACACUGGAGCUGAAUGUCAACAUUAAAGUUGAAGAAGAGGACGAGAAGAUUAGGACAACUGUUAGUCAUGGUUACCAUGUUGAGACAUUCUCUACAUCCAGAGAGCAACAGCAGGAAGAUCAGAGAGCUAAGAGGUCUCAUCACUGCCCACACUGUGAAGAGAUUUUCCCAUUUCUAUCAAAGCUAAAAAUACACCUAAAAAUACACACAGGAGAGAAGCCUUACUCCUGCUCUGACUGUGGAAAAUGCUUCAAAACAUCAAAUGAGCUAAAAGUUCAUCAGAGAACACACACAGGAGAGAAGCCUUUCUUCUGCCCUGACUGUGGAACUAGUUUCUCUCAUCUUUCCCACUUAAAAUCACAUGAACGUAUACAUAAAGGGGAGAAGCCACACUCCUGCUCUGACUGUGGAAAAUGUUUUAAAACAUUAUAUGAGCUAAAAGUUCAUCAGAGAACACACACAGGAGAGAAGCCUUAUUACUGCUCUGACUGUGGAAAAUGCUUCAAAACAUCAAAUGAGCUAAAAGUUCAUCAGAGAACACACACAGGAGAGAAGCCUUUCUUCUGCCCUGACUGUGGAACUAGUUUCUCUCAUCUUUCCCACUUAAAAUCACAUGAACGUAUACAUAAAGGGGAGAAGCCACACUCCUGCUCUGACUGUGGAAAAUGUUUUAAAACAUUAUAUGAGCUAAAAGUUCAUCAGAGAACACACACAGGAGAGAAGCCUUAUUACUGCUCUGACUGUGGAAAAUGUUUUAAAACAUACUCUCAGCUAAAAGUUCAUCAGAGAACACACACAGGAGAGAAGCCUUUCUUCUGCUCUGACUGUGGAACUAGUUUCUCUCAACUUUCCAACUUAAAAUCACAUGAACGUAUACAUUCAGGGGAGAAGCCAUACUCCUGCUCUGACUGUGGGAAAUGUUUUAAAACAUUAUAUGAGCUAAAAGUUCAUCAGAGAACACACACAGGAGAGAAGCCUUUCUUCUGCUCUGACUGUGGGGCGAGUUUCUCUCAUCUGGGCACCUUAAAAACACACCAACUUAUACACACCGGAGAGAAGCCUUACGUCUGCUCUGACUGUGGAAAACGCUUCAAAACAUCAACUGAGCUAAAAGUUCAUCAGAAGACUCACACAGGAGAGAAGCCUUACGUCUGCUCUGACUGUGGAAAAUGCUUCAAAACAUCAACUGAGCUAAAAAUUCAUCAGAGAAAACACACAGGAGAGAAGCCAUAUUACUGCUCUGACUGUGGAACUAGUUUCUCAAAAUUUUCCCACUUAAAAACACAUGAACGUAUACAUACAGGAGAGAAGCCUUUCUUCUGCUCUGACUGUGGGGCGAGUUUCUCUCGUCUGGGCACCUUAAAAACACACCAACGUAUACACACAGGAGCAAAGCCAUAUUCCUGCUCUGACUGUGGAAAAUGUUUUAAAAAAUCAAAUGAACUAAAAGUUCAUCAGAGAACACACACAGGAGAGAAGCCUUUCUUCUGCCUUGACUGUGGAACUAGUUUCUCUCAACUUUCCCACUUAAAGUCACAUGAACGUAUACAUACAGGGGAGAAGCCAUUUUCCUGCUCUGACUGUGGAAAAUGCUUCACAACAUCAACUCAUCUAAAAGUUCAUCAGAGAACACACACAGGAGAGAAGCCUUAUUACUGCUCUGACUGUGGAAAAUGUUUUAAAACAUCAAAUGAGCUGAAAAUUCAUCAGAGGACUCACACAGGAGAGAAGCCCUUCUUCUGCUCUGACUGUGGGGCGAGUUUCUCUCAUCUGGGCACCUUAAAAACACACCAACUUAUACACACCGGAGAGAAGCCUUACGUCUGCUCUGACUGUGGAAAACGUUUUAAAACAUCAACUCAGCUAAAAGUUCAUCAGAUGACUCACACAGGAGAGAAGCCUUGCGUCUGCUCUGACUGUGGAAAAUGCUUCAAAACAUCCACUGAGCUAAAAGUUCAUCAGAGAACACACACAGGAGAGAAGCCGUAUUACUGCUCUGACUGUGGAACUAGUUUCUCAAAAUUUUCCCACUUAAAAACACAUGAACGUAUACAUACAGGAGAGAAGCCAUACUCCUGCUCUGACUGUGGGGCGAGUUUCUCUCGUCUGGGCACCUUAAAAACACACCAACGUAUACACACAGGAGAGAAGCCUUACAUCUGCUCUGACUGUGGAAAACGUUUUAAAACAUCAACUCAGCUAAAAGUUCAUCAGAGAACACACACAGGAGAGAAGCCUUUCUUCUGCCCUGACUGUGGAACUAGUUUCUCUCAACUUUUCAACUUAAAAUCACAUGAACGUAUACAUGCAGGGGAGAAGCCAUACUCCUGCUCUGACUGUGGAAAAUGUUUUAAAACAUCAAAUGAGCUAAAAGUUCACCAGAGAACACAUACAGGAGAAAAGCCCUUCCUCCUGUUCUGACUGUGGGUGACUUUCUCUCGACUGGAUACCUUAAAAACACCAACAUAUACAUGAAGGAGAGAAGCCAUACUCCUGCUCUGCAUGUGUAAAAUGCUUCAAAACAGCAACUGAGCUAAUAGUUGAUCAGAGAGCACGCGCAUGAGAGAAGCCUGCUUACGUCUUCUCUGACUUUUGGGUGAGUUUCUCUCACCAUAGCAACUUAACACACCAAUGUAUACACACAGGGGAGAAGCCUUACUCCUGCUCUGUGGAGGGGUGCGCAUGUAAGUCAAACAUCUAGCCAAAGGCUGCGUGUUUGAAUCUCAUCAAGGAGGACUUUAGCAUUUUAGCUAUUUAGGAACUUUGCAACUUCUUACUACUUUUUAGCUAUGUCAGCAUGUUAGCUUAGCAUGCAACUACUUAGCAUGCUAGCUAAUCUUUCCCCUAAACCCAUUUAACUCUACCUUAAACCCCUAACCUAGCUAACGUUAGCAACAACAAAUUGGAAUUAGUAACAUAUACAUAUUACAAGUUCUUAACAUAUUGUAUGAAUAGCAAUGCGUAAAAUAACAUACGAAUUGUAGUUCAUAACAUACGAUACGUCCUACAAGUCGUAUUAUACUGAACAACAAUCUAAACGCAACAAUUUCAAAGAUGUACCAUUUUUAUAAGGAAAUCAGUCAAUUGUAAUAAAUGAGGCCCUAAU